AUGACCGGACGAAGAAAUGUGAUGAGAUACGAAAACAUAGGCAAGCCUCUGCCCAAGAAUAAACUUCACGACUCCCAAAAGACCAUCCGCAAAGUGGGAGUGCGCAAUGAACACUACUCCGUGUCCCUCUACAAGAACGGCUUGGAGGAUGAGCCAAUCGCCUUCAAGUAUUCCUCGAAAGAUUUCUCCAACUGGGACCAGGUCCUGUAUAGGAUGUCUGAGCAGGUCAAGCUACCUCAGGGACCUAUAAAAAGAUUAUACCACACGAACGGGAAAAUCGUUAAGAAGCCAGAGGAGAUGGUGAAUGACGGUAGUUACGUCGUGGCAGCGUCGAAUGAACAGUUCAGGAAAGUGAAUUAUGGCGGGCAACAUCCGCAGAGUGAUACGAAGUUCAGCGCUCCAACCAGAGGCUCGCGAAAGCUCUCCAACCCGUCCCGAGGAGCGAAGGCCACAGACAGCAGCGGCAGCGACAGAAACCGGAGAACGUUCAGUAAAGGUCCGACGAGGCGAAAGGGAACAAGAAAGAAAGGAGAGAAAGGAGAGGAAGAAGAAGAAGAGGAAGACGAGGAUAACGAAGAAGAUAAGGAGAAGAGAAGAGGAAGAUUGAGAAGAAACGAGCAGCCCCGCGGCCGAAGCAAGUCGCAGCCGAGAGGGCGCUCCCCCGUCCGCAGCCGCCAGAAGGGGACGUCCUCCAGCGUCUCCCCGAAGAGAAGAUCCUCCGUGCCGUCCGGAGCAGCAGGGGCGUCGGGAGAGGAGGCAGGUGCUGAAGGCAGCGGCGCUCCUCUCAGGGGAGCCGCCCCUCCAUCCGCGGUAAGCAGAAGGAGCAAGUCCACCUACGACAUCCCGCUGCAGAUCCCGGAGAACGAGGACCCAGCUCAGAUAGACUACUUUAAAUUGCAGUCCAACCGCCCCACGCCCGUCACCUCGCCCGAAACCUCGCCCACACACUCGCGCCCGACCUCCGCCGACAGGUCUUACGAGGGUCGCGGGCGUCGCUCGGACUCGGGCUUUUAUCCCAUCCAGGAGGAGGUCGAGGAUGACCCGCUCGGCGCCUCGGGGAACCACCUCACGUCCUCGAGGUAUUCGACCGUCGACUCGGGCCGAGGGUCCCUGUUCAGCGACGAGGAGAGACCCGACAGCGUGUUCAGGGCCAAGACUAAGAAAAGGAAUCCCGCAAAGGAUGUAAAUGUCUGA